AUGGUUGUAAAGCUCCAUGCAAUCCAUCUGGAAAGCCCGAAGAGCGCUUCGCCAGAGUCUUUUUGGCGCGAAAGUCGACCAACACUGCAUUCGUUACUCGUAGUGUCGAAGAAUUUCUGUGAAGCGACAGCCGACUAUCUCUGGAGAGAGCUAGACGGAUUAACACCGCUUUUGAGGUUGAUCCCACAGCUCAUCUAUACAGAUGGACUCUAUUUUAUGGAUAAGGCCCUGUCCACAGACGACCUCAGGCGAUGGAGCUUUUACUCCCGCCGUGUCAAGUCCAUUAGGUUACUCGGCAAAGAGCCCCAAGGACUGUCCCAGGUGUUUACCAUGCUCUCGGCAUACGACGUGCUAAACCCUGGCACACUCUUCCCGGCCCUCCGCGAGAUCCACUGCCGCAACAAACUCAGCAGUGAGGACCUCGCGUGUUACUCCCUAGUUGCUUCGCCAAGCAUCGAAGUACUAACCUUUGUGGAUGACGGGUAUAACCUUCCAGCCGCUCCAGUCACGUCAUGCCUUCAGCAAGCCGCUAUCCGAUCGCCUCGACUUCAAAAUUUGGUCGUGCGCGCCUCCCAAAACUCAAAGCUAACCCUCUUCCAAUUUCCUUGGGAAACCAUAUCCCAAUUCCCCCACCUUCAAUCUCUGACGCUAGAGCUCACGUUUCACAACCGCCAUCUCGACCAACUAUAUAAGUUCGAUACUUUAAAGGAGUAUUCCCUCUCCCUUUUCCGCCAGAAAGCAAACACGAAGCGAUUUUCUGUGUCUGUCUCCGGAACGCCCAGUGUCAAUCGCAAUAUCCGCUUGUUCGGAGAUGGCGAAUCGACGAGCGUCUUGCGGUGGCUCACAGGAAAUGAUAUCUCCAGUGUAACCGGCAUGACGCUCGUAAUUUCGCCCCCACAUGCAGAGACAAUGGCCGGACCACAGUGGGAUAAGGUCGUCGAUUGCCUGGCGGUCGUUGGAUCCAACCUCAAGGCCCUGCGUAUCGAACGCCCCCGCAACAACACACCCGCAAUUACCUUCCCAAUCCAGCUUCUCGGCAAGGUUAUGGCGCUCGACGGGCUGACCCACCUCCGCAUUGUUAUCGACUGUCAGCACAACGGUAUUUCCCAACCUGACGAUUUGUUCCAUCAUCUUCUCCUGUCGGCAAAGCACAAGCGUAGCCCGCUCACCCACCUCGCCUUGUUUCAUUCCUCAGGCUUGGGGAUGGGGACCCCGCUGAGCUUUCAUGCUCUCGAUCACGUCGCGAAAGACGGAGGAUCACUUGUGGUGUUGGAGAUCUCCAUUGAUUCCUCGCGCGGAUACGACUCUUUCCCUUCUUCCCCCUCGUAUGAGCGUCGCGUUGGGGGAACGGACCCAAGCCCGCAUAGACUUAGGUCCCUUCGUAUUAGGGAUAUUCGUGAAAGUGAUUUUCAACCCGGGGAGUAUCGAAGAGUGGCUCUCUUUCUCGACCACACAUUCCCAUCCACAGAAAUUCGGGCGGAAGGGACCAGUUCGAUCUAUGGUGGACAGGUCACCAAGGGAUGGAAGCAUAUCCUCGAGCUGAUGGAGGACUAUCGGCAGUUCAGAAGAUACAUCUCAGACUUAGAUUGCGGGGUUGAGAAUGGCAAGGGAAGUAGUAAUACGGCGGCAAAGUCAGUAGAAGCCUGA